AUGACUAGACAGAAGAAGGAUUGCCUUUUUCAAGUUCCGUGCUUCGAAGAUAAUGAAAGGCAGGCUUGUAACUUUGAUCCACUUGACCUUGUUAAAAUUGGAGUCCGUGAGCUCAUAGGCCACCGUAUUAGUGCAACUUUUGGUUUACCUGCUCCCUGUUCCCUCCAUGUUUUUCACUUUCCCUUUUCCCACCACUUACCUUUUCACAAAACCCUUUCAUCAGCCUUUUUCGUCGAUUUUUUCUACUGGCACCUAACCUUUAGCGAGAGGCCUCCUCUAAGGGUCGCGAGAACUUCGUCUACAUUGCCAAAAUCGCCAAGCAGGCGGAGCGAUACAAAGCUAGCUUCUGGGGAGGUGCCCCCAGAUCGGGUUGAGUUUGCUACAUUUCAAAGGACCCACACACAAGAGUCUGAAGCAGGGACUCGACGGUGGAUUAACAACACAUCCAGACAAAUAGCGGAAGGAUUCCAAAAGCUCCAGGAGGAGACACGAACACAGGUGACAGACGAUGGAACCGCCUCCUCUCAGGGAGCAUCUGCUAGCAGCUUCAAGAGUACCAAGCGCCCCUCUAAACAACUUCCAAGUGUUUCCGAAGAUGAGCUUGCCAGAAUGCGAGCAGUGACUGCUAAAUUGGAGGCAGAAUUGCAGCAGCAAAAGGAGUAAAGGGAAAAAAUGGAUGCCGAAUUGCAACAGCAAAAGGAGAAACAGAAAAAAUGGAUAAUCUGUUGCAGAAAUUACUGAACAAAAUGGAGAAGAAGAAAGAAAAGAAAAAGCAGAAAAAGAUGAUGAAGAAGAAGCAGACUGUAGACUCCUCAUCCUCAUCCUCAUCCCCAUCCUCAUUCUCAUCCCCAUCCCACACCCAUACUUCAUGAUGUAUUUGAAACUUUUGUUUAUGACUACCUUUAUUGAUACAUUUUUCUAAUUGUAUGAGAUUAUAAUGUUAGUUUGUAUGGAAUUAUAGUGUUGGUGUGUAUGGGAUUAUAAUUGUAGGUUGUAUGAGAUUGUAAUUUGUUAGUUU